AAAAAAAAAAAAAAAAAAAAAAAAUCGCGCCAGUCACCCACAAGUGGCUGAGCUGUGUUGUGCCUGUUGCUUCAGCUCGAAAGAGGCCUUUGGACAGCACACAUCCUGCGACAUUCAACGACCAUGGCGAGCACAAAGCAUCACACAGAGGAGCUGCAGAAUGAGGCCAAGAGACUCAAGAGAGACAUUGACGAUAAUCGCAUUGAAGAACUGAAGGCCAGACUAGACAAAGCUUUACAGGAUGGCCUGAAGGAACUCACCCGGAAUCCAACAUGCAUUAAUGUGCUCUUCAGUAUAUCGUGCUGUGGCCGCUGUAUGCUUCGAUUCCUCGGUAUCCGGGACUAUGAGAUCUAUGAGCUGACAUCCAAGGAGAUCAAGGAGAUCCUCACAGGUUUCCGCACAAUAGCGCCGACAGCAACAGCUACAGUAACGGAACCUCUCGAUGCUGCGGAUCAGGAGCCGUUAUGUAUCGCCUGUGUCGGGACUGUUCAGCAUGCAGAGGACUUUGUAGACGAGAUCGUGGAACGGAUCCGGAAGGAGGCAUAUGUGACAACAACGUUCAACAUGAAUGUGACUCUCCCGACAAGCACUCUGGUCAGGAACCAUGCCAUCGCUGUUUACUGGCGCCAACAACUCUCGGCCUACCCAAUAAGUCAGGUUGACAUCAAGGAGAUCUUUAAGCUGCUGAUCAGUUGGCCUGUGGAAAGACAGACAGGGCUGACAUUGGACUUUUCGAGCGAACUCAGGAUGCAAGUGUCCGUGAAGCAUGAAGAGACUAAGGACGACCACGUAUUCCUUUCAAAAAUGAAAGAAUCAGGUUUAAUUAUCAAGUCCAAACGAGAGAAUAGGAAAACCAUCAUUGUGGGCGAUGGCAGGCAUCACGUCGUCAAGGCUCUUACAUCCGUCAGCGACGAGCGAUUUGCAUCUGUAGGAACAGUGCCACCAACCGCCAUCUCAACAAAGCCAGAACUGGAAAGCAUUGAAAUGACCAGAGAGUCCGUUUACAUGGGCGGCCGCUAUCUCAAGUAUACCCGUGAUGUUAGCCAAACGCCAUGGGCUAUAGGAACGACAGUCUUGGCUGAGCUCUCGGUUUCAGGAAUUAUUUGCGAUCCAGUCAAGGAAGCACAUCGCGCUGAUGAUUACAAGUUCGUUACGGCAGGACGCGAAGACGCCAAUGUUCGUAUGUUGGGCAACGGACGACCAUUCUAUAUCGAGUUGAUCAACCCUAGAAUACCCGCCCUCUCGGCCGAUAUCAUUAAAGAGCUAGAGGAGAAGAUCAACACAAUCAUGCCAAACAAGGUUCAGCUCCGCCGUCUCACUGCUAUCACGCCCGAGGAUUGCAAGGUUAUCAAGGAUGGCGAGGAAUCAAAGACAAAGAGUUACAGUGCGUUGUGCUGGACUUCAAACCCAGUGGAUCAGGACAUGAUUGACGCCGUGAACGAGUACACUAACAAGUCCUUUUCCGUUGAGCAGCAGACACCCAUCCGAGUUCUACAGAGGCGCGCUCAAAUGAUUCGCAAGAAGCAGAUCCACUCAUUGAAGGCAUUUCCAUUAGAGGGUCAUUUCAUGGUCGUUCACCUGCACACUGAAGCUGGAACAUAUAUCAAAGAGUUUGUUCACGGUGAUCUCGGUCGUAACCAGCCCAGUCUUGCGUCGAUCGUGGGAUGUGAGGCAGACAUUAUGGAGUUGGAUGUGUUGGAGGUUGACCUGGAGUUUCCUCCUCAGCCUAGCCCUGAAAUGACAUAAUAAUAAUAAUGAUAAUAACAACUCCACGUCAUGGCAG